GCAGCACCUGGGUCGCGGAAUCCGACAGUCCUCCCGGUUUCGAAUCAGAGAUUCCCCACCUCUCUCGCAAGCUGUCUCUCCGGGAGGAGGAGGACGGAGGCGCGGCCCAGGACGGCACGGCUACCGGAGCUGGCUGAUCGGCGGCUCUAUUAGGGCAGGAUGCAGCAGAAUCCUGCUGAGGCCAUGGAGGCCUCCGCGCCGUCGGAGGCCGAGGCGCCCAAAGAUGCGGGGCCGUGGCUAGGGUUCUGGGAGGUGUCGCGGCGGCGGUUGACCCCCGACGACCCCUUCUUCGCCGCCGGCGACAUGGAGCGCGAGCUACUCGCCAAACACGUUGCCCUGGAUCUCUCGGAUGAUGACCGGUACCAACUUGAGAAGAUGGAUGUGGCGAGCGUGAGCAUGGUGUGUUGUCCAAUUGCUGGUUGCGGUGCUCAUCUAGAUUGCUUGGAGGACUUUGAAGACCACUACAGCACACGGCAUACUGCUUCAUGCUCUGUAUGUUCAAGAGUGUACCCAACAUCAAGGUUGCUGAGUAUUCAUAUUUCUGAGGCGCAUGAUUCCUUCUUCCAAGCAAAAGUCGCUCGUGGUUUUCCGAUGUACGAAUGUUUGGUGGAGGGUUGUGGGGAGAAGUUGAAGACGUACAAAAGUCGGCAGCAGCAUCUUGUUGAUAAGCAUCAAUUUCCCAACUCAUUUGAAUUCUUCAAAAGAGCACAACCUUCCCAGCGGCAUCGUCAGAAGUAUCAUCAUCGAAGGCAAACUGCUUAUAAGGGAGAAGAGACAAGGGAUACUGUCAUGGACGUUGAUGGGAAGAAUCCAAGGCAAUCGAAACCGAGAUAUCGGCCGAAGCAACGUGAUCAUAAGGAGCCGAAAGAAAAUGAACAUGGUCACAAGGAGUCGAAAGACAAUGAACAUCAUGAGAAGGAGGCCAAGGAGAGCGACAUGGAGGUCGAACAGAAGAUUGAUGAACUGUCCUCGGCUGUAUCAAGGCUGAGUACUGCAGAUUCGGUGCCUUCGAGCAUAACCUUUGGCCAUCGCCGUGCUCGUGGUCUUACUUUUGUCCCAAGAUCUAUUAGGCAGAACAAGCAGGUCUCUCAGCCAGAAGCAAAUUGACAAUUCUUCAAUGGAUUAUCAAUCUCUAAUACGGAUUUCCCUUGUACUUGGACGUUUGAAGUUUGCACUAUAUUUGUAUCAUGAUCAAUAUGAUCGAUGUUUUUUGUUGGGUUGCC